AUGGAUGCACAGCGAGCGUAUGACCAGCAGGUUCCUCAGCUCACCUUCUGUAAUGAUCCUCAUGUGAGCAUGCAAGAUGACCUUGUUUCUGUGAUGAGCGUGCAAACAACGCUGAACGCCAGCACAGCACCUUGCCCACAAGAAUCCCAGCUCACUGAAUUGAUUUUCAUCUUCUGCGUCUAUACCCUCCGUGUCAUCGAUAAACCGGUGGAUCCUGCUACGAUCCAGGAAGUGCGGAGAAAUAUUGCGUACUCUAUUAAUAACUUUUUUAGCAAUGAGCAAUUUAAAAUCAUCCAAUGCGUCUGUCAUUAUGCUCAACGGAAUAUGCUUCAAUUUGUGGAUAUGGGUAGUGUACACAAGUUGCUUUUACUUAUUACACAGUUACUCAAGAAUACGAUUGAUCCGAAUUUCCGUCGGCAGAACUCCCUCCAAACGAGUAAUUUACUGCUCAACACAAUUUUUUAUUUGAGUCGAAAUCAGACGACGUUGAGAGUAGUAAUGCAUGUAGCUUCCGACAAAAACACGUCAGAGUUCAUCUACAUAAUAGCUCAUUUUGCCAAAGUGAAUUUAAACUGGGCGGCUGCCCUUACUCUUCAUACUCUCUUCGAUUACAAUGGUCCAGAGGGCGCUAAGUGCAUAACGUAUGCUAAGCAAAUCCAGCCUGGAGCAGUUCUCGAUGCUUUGCUUCAUAUUCUGAAGGAAAAGCCAGAUCGAAAGCGAACGCUUUUCGUGCUUCAUUCGCUUCAACUUCUUGCCCGCAAGGACAAUAAUGCUAAACAGCAUAUUGUGCAGUCAUAUGGCGGUCGGUUCAUCGAAUUGCUCAUUGGCUCUACACAGGGUGGAUUGCUAGCCUUAGCUGACAAUGCUCGAGAUCAGGGCCGGCUACUUUAUCGUAUUCUUGCCUUGCUUAACGUGGUAAUGGCUAGUCAAACUGCUGCGGAAUUAUUCGUUCGUUGGGGAGGCCUGCAGCGACUCUAUCAAUCAACGGAUGUUCUUCGAGAGGGUAUCCACUUAGUUGCCUUGGCCAGUGACGUGAAGGCCGUCGAUGAUCAGGAUUUGAGGGUUUCUAUACGGCAGGUGUGGUGCUUGACAUUUUUGUGUAGGUCAAACGACCGUGAUCUCUUCGUUAGACGGUAUAGCUCCGGGUUUCUCGUAAAUAUCAUGGCAAAUCGACCAGUCAACAAGUUCGAGUUUUGUUUCUCCAAGAAUCAGAACCAACUUUGUAGUCUCGAGCAGUGGAGUCAAACAAAGGAAAUGAGAAAUAUGCUGGAAGAGUUGGUGGAUAACAUUCUUUUGUGUUUGAAUUCGCUAAUUGUGGAGCCAUUAAAGCCAGAGGUGACCAAGGCUCGAGAUGCAUGUCUGUCACAGGAUGAGAACCGUAGGGAGACCGUCAAUAUAUUGGUGGCAUGCUUCCGUGUUCUCAACUUGGUAAUGUUCUGUGAUGAAAGUGCGAAGAAAACUGUAACUCUUUUUGCGCGUUUCUUUAAUGGAGCAUCCUACGAACAUUUCAUAGAGGACACACCUUGCUUGCUGCAGAUCCUGGAAACCUGUGAUAGGAUAGCGGAUGACGAGAAUUUAGCCCAGCAGUGGGCUAGUGACCGAUCGCUAAUUGACGCGAAUGCCAACAGCUCUCAUGCAGAGAUAGCUCGUGCGGCACAGUCGUUGGUGUCGAAAUUGAGCGUGGUGAAUUCGGAUUUCGAGCCGUUAGCAGGUGUGUUUGCAUCGAUGGGUACCGAAGGGUUUUCCAUGGAGAUG